ACUUUUCCAUUAAUUCUUCCUCAGGUUUCGUAUGUUUGUGUAAGAAUGGUUGCAAUACCCAAACUUAAGAUAAAGUUUGGUCCUCAAGGUUCUGUCAGAACAUUCCAAACGUUUCCUGGUACUUCGAAGAAAAUUGAGCAUUCACUCGGUGAAGAGAAAUCGAAGAAGCGUGGACCUGAAGAGCUAGAUGAUGUUCAAGCUAAGAAGAAGCAGAAGCUAGAUUGUGAUUGGUCUAGUCAGUGUUUGGCAUUGUUAAGGUUUUUGAUGGAGCACCGUGUUGGUUGGCUCUUUGAAGAGCCUGUGGAUCCUGUUAAAUUGGAGAUUCCUGAUUACUUCUCUGUAAUACGAAAGCCAAUGGAUUUAGGCACUGUCAAAUCAAAACUUUUGAAGAAUGUGUAUGGUAAUGAAGAUGAGUUUGCAGCGGAUGUUCGGUUAACUUUUUCCAAUGCGAUGCUGUAUAAUCCUCCGGGCAAUGAGGUUCACACGAUUGCAAAGGAGAUUAAGGAGAUUUUUGAGGUUAGAUGGAAAUUACUCAAGAAGAAAAUGGUUUCGAAAUUGUCUGGGACUGAAGUUACAGAAGGUUCUAAGAGACAGCCUGUUGAAAUCGAUUGUUCCAGACAGAGCAGCCCUGGAACAUCAGCUUCCUCUGGGGUUUUCUCCGGGGGAUCGACAAAACCAGCAAACUCCGCUCUUUCGUCAAAGCCAGUGAAAGCGCAGAGCAAAAAGGAUACUCCUGCUGUGACGCCGAAAGCAUUAGCAACAAAGGUGAAGAUUACGAAACUUGAUCAGGGCUUUGGAGCCAGUUCGGCUGUAAAAAUCCCAGCCAAAGGCUCAGUUCGAACUGCAGCCUGUAAAUGUGGUUCAUGUGGUAGGAUUAUUUGCGUUUGUCUCAAGUCGUGUAGCUCAUCUGGAAGUGAAAUUUCUUCAUUAACGGAUUGUCAAGUAAAGAACAAUUCAGGUGCACAAGCGAGCGAGUCCGAUCCUCAAUCCAAUGGGUCUGUGACUUCAAAGAAUGAGCGAAAUGGUAGUGUCAAUUCUCAGCUUGAUAAACCUUCAAACAAUGCUCUGUUGAAUAAUGAGUUGAAAACGACUUUUCCUGCUCUGCCGCCGGUACCUCCUGAGAAAGCUCUUCGUGCUGCAAUACUCAAAGCUCAAUAUGCAGAGACCAUUCUAAAAGCUAAACACAGAGUAGUCCUUGACCAGAAUAACAAAGCUGAUCUAAUUAGACUACAUAUAGAAAAGGAACAGAUGGAAAGAGCACAACGUGAAGAGAAAGCUAGAAUUGAAGCCGAGAUGAGAGCUGCUAAGGUAGCUGCCCGAAUGAGGGCACAAGCCGAGUUGAAACAAAAACGUGAGACGCAACGGCUUGAACUAGCAAAGAUGAAAAAAGGCUUCGAUUUUGAACAGAACAACCACUUGAAAUUGGAGAAAGAUUUUGUUGAAGUCUGUGGAUGCUCUAGUCUGACAAGAGCUCGGUUGUUACUUAAAGAGUUGGGUCUGGUUUUAAGAAGUGAUGAUCGUCCGGAACUGGAAGAGAUCGGGUCAGAAAAUUUUGAUGCAAUGAGAAUCGAGGAUCUUGAGGAAGGAGAGAUCCUUUAGAGUUUUUCUCUAAAAGAAACCUCCUGGAUGUAAUUUUUGACCAUAACGCGAGUGCUUGUGACCUUAACUUUUUGUUAAUAUAUGAAAAUUCUAUUA